GGGAAACAUAGAUUUGGGGAGAGAAAAAUGAAUCACCUUUGAAACUGUUGAGUGUGAGUUCUGUAGAAAGGGAUGGAUCUGGAGCCUUAUUGCUUAACUUCCCACACGUCACUUUCGGCUACCAAAGUAGACAUUGACCCCUUUGUGGUGCUUAUUGCUGUGGGUUACGCAGUGAAAAGUACACAGUGAACAUUUGUCGAUUUGCUGCAAAGUGUUAGAUCUUGCUCUUGCAUGGGUAACAAAGAACUGCCACAGAUGUUAGAGCAGAGCUGAGCAGAUCUGUAGGCUGAUACGAAUUUUGCCUGAGGAAAACUUGAUCUUGAUGCAGUGUGUAAGAAGGAUUGGAAGAGAAAGAAGCUGGGAGUGGGGAUUCUUGUCAGGAGACCCAGCACAAGAGCAGGUGGGUAUAACAGAGCUUGUAGCAGAGCUAUGCCUGGUGGAAUAGAGAGGAGAGGACUCUGACUGCACAAGAGGCUGGUGAUUUGGCUUUGUCCUUAGUAUUAGCUAGCCCAAGAGAAGUUCCUGCUCUGGGAGAAGUGAAGACCAACCUCCUGUGGCUUCAGAACAAAAGGCAGUGAUCUCAUCCAAAGGGAGAUAAUGAGAAACACAUAGGCCAUGGAGAGCAGGAAAGCACCAUUAAUCUUCCUGUUGCAAAGCUGUACUUUCCAACUCCCUGGACAAGACAGCAGACGUUUUAGCCUGCAGACUCAGCCUUGUGCUAGGAAAUGCAAAGCGGAAUCCCCCUAAUAAAUCAUAGCACUGAUAAUAUCUGAGAAUCUGAGAGGCUGGAGAACAUAGGCGGUCAAUUUCCAGAACAAGGAAGGGAAUAUAGUGCUGAUCAGAAGAGAAACAACAAAGGAAAAUUGGUCAAGAGGCUCCAGCUCCAAUUCCACCAUCUGAGAUGACGCUAUUCCCCAGGACGCCCGUGGUGCUGCUCCUGCUGCUGCCUAUCUUGAGUUCUGCCAAAGCUCAGGUCAAUCCAGCUACAUGCCGCUACCCUCUGGGCAUGUCAGGAGGCCACAUUCCGGAUGAGGACAUCACAGCUUCCAGUCAGUGGUCAGAUUCUACAGCUGCCAAAUAUGGAAGGCUGGACUCCGAAGAAGGGGAUGGAGCCUGGUGUCCUGAGAUUCCAGUGGACCCUGAUGACCUGAAGGAGUUUCUGCAGAUUGACUUGCAUACCUUACACUUUAUCACUCUUGUUGGGACGCAGGGGCGCCAUGCGGGGGGUCAUGGCAUUGAGUUUGCACCCAUGUACAAGAUCAAUUACAGUCGGGAUGGCACUCGCUGGAUUUCUUGGAGGAACCGGCAUGGAAAACAGGUGCUGGAUGGAAAUAGUAACCCCUAUGACAUUUUCCUGAAGGACUUGGAGCCUCCUAUUGUAGCCAGAUUUGUUCGCUUCAUUCCGGUCACUCACCACUCCAUGAACGUGUGUAUGAGGGUGGAGCUUUAUGGCUGUGUCUGGCUAGAUGGCUUGGUGUCUUAUAAUGCUCCCGCUGGGCAGCAAUUUGUACUCCCUGGAGGCUCCAUCAUUUAUCUGAAUGAUUCUGUCUACGAUGGAGCCGUUGGGUACAGCAUGACUGAGGGGCUGGGCCAGCUCACAGAUGGGGUGUCUGGCCUGGAUGACUUCACCCAGACCCAUGAAUACCACGUGUGGCCAGGCUACGACUAUGUGGGCUGGCGGAAUGAGAGUGCCACCAACGGCUACAUUGAGAUCAUGUUUGAAUUUGACCGCAUCAGGAAUUUCACUACCAUGAAGGUCCACUGUAACAACAUGUUUGCUAAAGGGGUGAAGAUCUUUAAGGAAGUCCAGUGCUAUUUCCGCUCGGAAGCCAAUGAAUGGGAGCCCAAUGCUGUCUCAUUCCCCCUUGUCCUGGAUGACGUCAACCCCAGUGCUCGGUUUGUCACAGUGCCUCUCCACCACCGCAUGGCCAGCGCCAUCAAAUGCCAAUACCAUUUUGCUGACACUUGGAUGAUGUUCAGUGAGAUCACCUUCCAGUCAGAUGCUGCAAUGUACAACAACUCUGGAGCCCUGCCCACAUCGCCUGUGGCACCUACAACCUAUGAUCCAAUGCUUAAAGUUGAUGAUAGCAACACUCGGAUCCUGAUUGGCUGCUUGGUCGCUAUCAUCUUCAUCCUUCUUGCCAUCAUUGUCAUCAUCCUGUGGAGACAGUUCUGGCAGAAAAUGCUGGAGAAGGCCUCCCGGAGGAUGCUGGAUGAUGAAAUGACAGUCAGCCUUUCCCUGCCAAGCGAGUCCAGCAUGUUCAAUAAUAACCGCUCCUCAUCACCAAGUGAACAGGAGUCCAACUCGACUUAUGAUCGGAUCUUCCCACUUCGCCCUGACUACCAGGAGCCAUCUAGAUUGAUACGAAAACUCCCAGAAUUUGCUCCAGGGGAAGAGGAAUCAGGUUGCAGUGGUGUCGUGAAACCAGUCCAGCCCAGUGGACCUGAGGGAGUGCCCCACUAUGCUGAGGCCGACAUUGUGAACCUCCAGGGAGUGACCGGAGGCAACACCUACUCAGUGCCUGCUGUCACCAUGGACCUGCUCUCAGGAAAAGAUGUGGCUGUGGAAGAGUUCCCCAGGAAAUUUUUAACAUUUAAGGAGAAGCUGGGAGAAGGCCAGUUUGGGGAGGUUCAUCUCUGUGAAGUGGCGGGAAUGGAAAAAUUCAAAGACAAAGAUUUUGCCCUAGAUGUCAGUGCCAACCAGCCUGUCCUGGUGGCCGUGAAAAUGCUCCGAGCAGAUGCCAACAAGAAUGCCAGGAAUGAUUUCCUUAAGGAGAUAAAGAUCAUGUCCCGGCUGAAGGACCCAAACAUUAUCCGUCUCUUAGCUGUGUGUAUCACUGAGGACCCUCUCUGCAUGAUCACAGAAUACAUGGAGAAUGGAGAUCUCAAUCAGUUUCUUUCUCGCCAUGAGCCCCCUAAUUCCUGCUCCAGCAACGUACCCACUGUCAGUUAUGCCAACCUGAAGUUUAUGGCUACCCAGAUUGCCUCUGGCAUGAAGUACCUUUCCUCUCUUAAUUUUGUCCACCGAGAUUUGGCCACACGGAACUGCCUAGUGGGUAGGAACUACACCAUCAAGAUAGCUGACUUUGGAAUGAGCAGAAACCUGUACAGUGGUGACUACUACCGGAUCCAGGGCCGGGCAGUGCUCCCCAUCCGCUGGAUGUCCUGGGAGAGCAUCCUGCUGGGCAAAUUCACCACAGCGAGUGAUGUGUGGGCCUUUGGGGUGACUCUGUGGGAGACUUUCACUUUUUGUCAAGAGCAGCCGUAUUCUCAGCUGUCAGAUGAACAGGUUAUUGAGAAUACCGGAGAGUUCUUUCGAGACCAAGGGAGGCAGACUUACCUCCCUCAACCAGCCAUUUGCCCUGACUCUGUGUAUAAGCUGAUGCUGAGCUGCUGGCGAAGAGACACCAAACACCGCCCGUCGUUCCAAGAAAUCCACCUUCUGCUCCUUCAGCAAGCCAACGGGUGAUGCUGUCAGUGCCUGCCAAUGUCCCGAUGGCCCGAGUCCUCACAAGACCUACCACUCAUCCAUGGACACUAAGCCACUCUCCUGGACACUUGGUGGACCUGAAGGACAGAGGCUUGUUUGCUUUGUGUGCGCUCUCUCCCUCUCCCCUGACUCUACUUCCCCACUCCAUAUCACUGACUCAUAUAUACUUUUUUUUUACAUUAAAGAACUAAAAAAGAAAAAAAAGUUUAGGAUAAAUAAAAUAUAGUAAAACUUUUACUUGAUAUAACAAGUGUUAGUUAGCAAAGGCUAGAAAAUUCAGGUAAUUUAUAAAGGUUAAAUAGGCUUAUGUUUAUAAAUGUGCAGAUUUGACAAUAUUUUUUCUAUGUCACCUUUUAUAAAGUAUCUUCAGAAAGGAAAGCUUGAAGUAUGCUAGUAUCUUGGAAAACAUGAGAUGAGGCAUAAGGAAAGAACUUGGUAGCCAUGGAGAAUCUGUGGACUCAGCAUGGAACAACUAAUCAAAUAUGGUUUUCUGAUUUGGUCUCUGGACACACUGCACCCUGUUUUUCCUUUCCUGUCAAAGCAUAUGGUACAUUCUUGAAGAGUCUUAGGUUCUUGGAAUGGCUACUUUCCUCAUUACGGGCAGGUUCAGAGUUGAAGUUUGGUUGUGAAACUGCAGAGAUGUAGAUAGGAAAGAUUGUUGCAAGGUUGCAAGGUUGUAGGAAACAGAACUGUAAUUACAAUUCCUGAAUGGAAGAAUUCUUGAAUAGCUACUAGACAUAGGAAGGGAACUCUACAGAGGAUAGUUAACAGGUAUAUGCUUAUUAUUCAUUUGUGAGGAUCUUUUUUGUCUUGUUAUGAUAUUUUCAAGUAUAUAUUUUAAUGAAAUUCUGAUUUUUUAAAUCAGCAACUCCUGAUUGUUUUCGGUAGGUUGAUAGGAGGUCCCUUGGCCCUUCUUGCUCAAAUCUAUCAAUUUUAAUGGAUGAAACCUGAGGGAUACAUGCACUGGGAGUUGAACUUCUCAGGCAUAAAUAUCCAAUGGCCAUGUAUAGCAGGAAGUAGGAUCUGCUCUGAGUGUCCCCAAAAGGUUGAUGUAGGACCAAUAAAAGGAAGCUACAGGAAAUCUUCAUAGGGAAGACAUCGUCAGAGUCUGAACAUUGAAGGACAAAUGGGCUUGGCCACAGAUAUGGGGAGUCCUUUGUCACUGACAAGGGUCAGGUAUAGGCUGAGAAAUUAUGCAAGAAACAUGGAGGUUUUCAAACACAAGACAGAUGGCUGUAUGAGAAAAUAUUUAAUGUCUUUCUUACCCUAAAAUUCUUUGAUUUUAGCAUGGUACACCAUGAGCAUCCACUGCUAUGCAUAGUGUAUAUGCUCUUGCUUAUGGUAUGAAGUGACCAGCAGAAAAUCAUGAGGCUCUGGUCUCACAAUUCAUGGAAAUGAAUGCAGUGUUGAGUAGAAGUCUCUUUACAGCAGAAUCUGAGCUUUGAUCCCCCAUGAAUCGGCAGAUUCUAUGGAAAGCUGGAAAAGGGGACUCUUAAUUUCCAUUGAGGAAAAACCAGGAAAUAUUACAGAUAAUUCUCCCAAAGAAAUUAUCUUGCUUCCUCAGGUCUGCUUCUACGGCUUGCCCAUUUCACCUUCUCCACGCUCUUGAGAAUUUGAGUGCUGCCCUAUUCAGCCUUAGCAUAAAUCUAAAUCCCCGAGUCUCAUUUUGCAGAUCCUGUUCUGACUGUAGCCAACACAUGUCCUUCAUGGGAAUCCCAUGAUUCUGUACUUUAUAGUUUCUUCCAGGAUUAACUGGAGAAAUCAGUGAUUGAGAGGAGAGAGCAUCACUUUGAGAACUUUGAUCCUCUUUUUGAACUGAAGCAAGUGUACCAUCUUGGGCAAGUCACUUUAUUUCUCUGAAUUUUGUUUGCUUAUCUGUAAAUUAAGAAAAUUGAAUUGGAUGGUCUUAUAGUCUCUUCUAGUUCUGAUAUGUUCAGUGUUUGCUGGAAAACUCAUAUGGAUUUAGCAAUCUUGUUAUUGUCUGCUUUGAAAAUUAGGGCCAGUAAAAAAGGUCACAGGGAGUAUAAUGGUACUAAUUCUGACACUUUCAUUUGUAUAUUGCUGUGUAGUUACCAGGUGUUAACAUAUACAUUAUCUCAUUUACUACGUUAAAGUUCAAAUAUGUACGCUUACAAAACUGGUUCACUCUAAUUUCAAUCUGUUAGCUUCCUUAGAAUUAGAAGGACUUGAAAACAAGACCUGUGAGCUGUUCUCCUUUAUCCUUUAGGCCUCAGGAAAGGUUACAUCCAGACCAUGUCAUGAGUUCUUAGGCAGCAAGAGAAAACAGUAUCAUUUUAUCUUCCUUUGUCUAACAUUGCUCCAGGGUUUUACUUUUUAGGGUUGUGUUCCAACUCAUUGUAUUGAAUGAUCUCAUAUUUUCAAAUUAUAUAAAUUGAAAUAGAAUAUCUGUAUUUCCCUGACUUUGAGUCACAGAAAUACUUUGUUUUAGAUGGCUCAGAAAUAUGUAUUGUCAUAUACAAGUAUCCUUUUGGGCAUAAAUAAGGUAUUGCCUUCUGCCAUUGAGAUGUUUAUAUUAUAAACACAGGCUUACCUUCUAAUAAAUCAUUCUCAGACUUUAGCAGCACAACUCUGAGCGACUCAACAGAGUAAGUGGUAGUCUUAGUAUGUAGAAUUAAAAAGUAGCUCAAAUUGAAAUUAAGGGUAUGGAACUAGGAUUUGUUUGGAAAAGAAGAUAGGUAAAUGGAUGAGAAACUAUGGAGUUUGGUCAUCUUUGCAGUAAAUUAUCCUCUUCAUGGUAUAUAGGAAUCACUGCAUGUCACCAUGUGUUUUGGGAUUGUCAGAUCCAAAUUUGUGCAUCUGCUGAUCCAUAUGUGGGCGGCUAGAUGCAAAUGUUGACACAUAUGUCUCUUGUGUGACCAGGCAGGAAAAGAAAUGCCCAAAGGGAGCUUGUGGUUUUAAGGUGUGAAAAAAAAUCACUCAAGGAUGUUCAAGGGUAUGUAACAAAGAAAGUUUUGUGUAAGUGGGGAGCAAAACAAAAACAACAAAAACAAAAAGAAAAGUGGACAUGUGAAUGUGUGUAUGUGUAGACUGGGAGGCUGGAGAGGGCCGGAAAGGCGAGGCGAGGCAUGAGGCGAGGUGGUGAGAAUGCUCGGGAAGGGAAGAGGUGGGGAAGACAGUCAAGGGUAAGCAAGGUGGAAACCAGCGACCGGGAGCUGAUGGACUCCAUGAUGAAGCACUGAGCAAAUCUCUGAAGGGAGACCCGAUGGAAGCUAGAAAAAGUAAGUGACUCGGAGAUAAAAUGUGAAUGGUGAAAGAAGAAAUGCAGGGUGAUAGAGACUGUAAGAAGUAUUCAAAAAUGAAAAGUCAGGUGCAGUAUAUGGAAUGGAAGGUUUUUGUUUGUUUUUGAGUUUUAAGGAAGGGCAUAUCCAGCCUGGGAUAUGGUUCAGGGGCACAGCACCUGCCUGGCAAGCACGAGGUCCUGAGUUUGAUUCCAAAUACCAAAAAAACCCAAACAGGUGUGUGUGGGAGGGAAUAUCCUUCAUUAAUACAAAACCACACAAUCCCCAAAGAAUGACUUUUUCAUUUCAGAGGAAGUGGGUGAGAGAGGCCAGUUGAGUACCUGUGUGUUUUAGACUCAAGUUCUGAUGAGAAGAAAUCAAUUUUUUUUACCUGCACUGGGUUGGCUUUCCAAGUAUUGGGGUGACAUGGAGACCUAGAGGUGGGGAGUUUAAGAUACUGCUUGAAUCUUUGUGCUGCCUUCUCUUGCUUUUGUUAAAGCCAUUUUCAGUGAGCACAGGUGGACACGGAAACAGUAAGUUAGACGUGGCUAACUGGUGUGAUAUCUGCACAAAAGGCCCGUGCCACCUGUGAAACGUUGCUUUCAGUCCUAUCCAGACUUCCCGCAAGAAAGCCACGAUGGAGUGGGGCAUGUGUUUUGAGUAAAGGAGAACAGAAGAAAGGAAGUGUGUGAAUGAGGCAAAGGAAAGAUGUCCCAAGGAAGUAUACUAAGACAAAGCAACAUCUAUUUUGCCCACAACGACAAAAAUGAAGAGAACUACAAUACAUAACUAUGAAGUCUUUGAUCCUCCAUCGAAUUCAUACAGACCUCUCUAUCCUCUGGCAGUGCAGGGUAGGUUCCUAAUGUUUCUGGACUAUGUCAAUCUUGAUCCACUCUGGGAAAUCCUUUUGAAGUGAGAUUUCACAUUUUAAACAAAUAGAAGCCUGCCACUGCCACUUGGUCACUCCAUUGCCACCUGCUGAAUUAGAAAGGGAAAAGGCAGGGAUGGUGAAUGGAGAUGCAAUUUCUGGCAUUUUGUAUUCCCUGCUCCAAUUAGCUGCAAUAUUUGGUGGCAGCAGAAUGGUUUAGUUGUAUAUCUUUUUUGGGAACUUGUUAUCUUGAAAUAAUUUUAGACUCACAGGAAGUUAAAAAAAUACAGAGCAGCCUUUCCCUCGAUCUAGUUUUUCCUUGUUGAUAAUAUUUUAUGGUCUAUUUUAAACUAUGGAAAAAAUAGCUCAUUUUGAACUAUUUUCAAAACCAGAAAAUGGCCAUUAGUGUACCACUACCUAAAUUACAGACUUUACCUGGAUAUCACGUUUUUCCACAAGUGUUAAUAUAGUUGCAGUUUUUUCCCCCCUGAUUUAUAACUAGGCUUUGUUUGGAUGGAACAUGAAAGAUAAGAUCUGGGUUACCUGUUCCGUUAUCAAUGAGAAAUAUCAAGCCUAACCUGGUUAUAAAUUUUAAGGUUUGUUUAGAUUUGAAAUAAUCCAAAACGUAGAAGGUAAUCAAAAGUAGUAAGUCCAUAGUUUAUUGAGUAGAGAGCCAGACACAGAAGGAAAUUCUAGGUACUGUAGUUUCUGCAUUUCCUACUGAGGGACUUUCAUGGAAGGAAAGGCAAGUACUCUACAGUGAACCAGUAUUGUGGCCAAGAGUUGGGUGGCACUUAUUCAGCAGCACCAGACACAGGUUGUGGAAGGGACAGAAUACAAUGCUAUAGAUUUCUGAUGUGUGACAAAACAUUUUUUUUUAGAGUAAAGUUUCAUUUUUUAAAAUAUAUACUUUUAAUUGGAAUAGCAGCCACAUUGGACCAAAUCAAAUGCAAACACAGCCCUAACCUGGGGAAAUGUUGAAACUCUGGUUCUGUGAAUUACGGUUCUGUGAAUUUUAAGUCACCCUAUUCAAGACUGCAGGAGUGUGUCUUGUAAACUUCUGAGCACAUUUGUGAACUCUUGCUGAAUAUUUUGUAACUGUUGUUUUUGAAUGAAUAAAAGAUGGAGGGAAAAGUUGUUAUCUAGCAGAAUGAAUCUAAGGAAAAAUUUCUCUGCUUUAACUUAAAUGGUUUAUUUUGAAACAAGAAGAAAAUGCCCAGACUUGUACCAGGUGCAGUAUAUCUUCCAUUUGUAUACUUGGUGAUGAUAAACCUGAUCAGUGGGAAUGGUUCAUUCUUUGUAGUAGACAGUACUGCGGAUUAUCUUAAUAGGGCAUCAGAUCAAAAACAGAGACCAGACUCUGGCUCUAAACCCAGCACAUUUGAUAUAAGUGUUUUAGUUUUUACCUGUAGAUACCUUGUUUACAACUUUAGGUCCCCAAUAGAAAUGGGAUCUGAAUCUCAAGGUAGCCCAUGUUCAUAACUGUAUGUCCAGAAACUGUAUAAAUAAUCAUAACUGUGUAUCCAGGAAGAAUUUGAACACACACACACACACACACACACACACACACACACACACACAUGUAAUUACUUUCAGGGCAAAACCAUUUUCCUAAAGAGAGGUUUUGAAACAAUUGAGUUUCGAGGAUUCCUGCAAACACUAAGUUUCUAUCUAACCUUAUUUUUAAUAGUUAUUUACUUUAAUGCUAUUUUAGUCAUCUCCUACUGUCUGCUGGUGACACCUUUUGAGGACUGAGUUUAUGCAGCUGUGUAGUAUGCUUUCUGAUGAUGAAAUAUCUGGGCUUUAUCCUGCAGACUUUGGAGGAUCAUGUGUGUUGUCAAGGGGCAAACAGCAAAUGGAUUUAAUUUCUGCUUAAAACUAUCCUAGACAUUCCAAAAUAGAGUAUGUAAAAUUUUUCUGUAUUAGAAAAAGAAACGUGAUACCAAUUGUAUAUUUUCUUUUCUUUAUUUAUUCUCUGUAAGUCUGUCAGAUGAUAAAUUGUAAAUAACAGUGAUUAAAGAAUCAUGCUACUGA